AUGCCGGUGAUGAAGGGUCUCCUCGCUCCUCAAAAUACCUUCUUGGACAGCAUUGCAACCCACUUUGAUGGCACUCACAGUAACUUUCUGUUGGGAAGUGCUCAGGGUUGCUAUGGCUACCCUACUGUCUACUGCUCUGAUGGCUUCUGUGAGCUGACUGGAUUUAUUCGGACUGAGGUGAUGCAGAAAACCUGCACCUGUAGAUUCCUUCACGGGGCUGAGACCAGUGACAGCGUCAUCCAGCGGGUGUUUAAAGCUCUGGAAGGCCAACAGGAGUACCAGGGGGAGGUCUGCUUUUAUAAGAAAAAUGGAAAACAGUUCUGGUGCCUUCUGGAUAUUGUCCCGAUUAAAAACGAGAAAGGUGAGGUUGUGCUGUUCCUGUUAUCCUUCAAAGAUGUCAGUGAAUCUUAUGGGAGAAACCCUCACUACCCCUCAGGAGAUGGUUUGUCAGAAGUCGCAAACGAAAGCGGAAAAAGCAACCAAUCGCACUUCUCCCAAAUUCAAGACAGGGGGAGGUCAAUCCUGAACUACCUGAACAAUCUGUUCACCAAAAGGGGCAAGAAGAAACUGACUGACAGUAUGUUCCAGAGACCUUCCCUGCCUGAGUACAAAGUGGCGGCCGUGAAGAAGUCGCGUUUCAUCCUGCUCCACUACAGCGUCUCCAAGGCCAUGUGGGACUGGCUGAUUCUGCUGGCUACCUUCUACGUAGCGGUCACUGUGCCUUUCAACGUGUGCUUUGUCAGCCACAGUGAGGGCAGUGAUGAGCACUCGCUGGUCAGUCGCAGCACCAUCGGCAGUGACAUCGCAGUAGAGAUGCUCUUCAUGCUCGAUAUUAUUCUUAAUUUCCGUACCACAUAUGUGAGUCAGUCAGGCCAGGUGGUUUAUGACGCCCGGUCGAUCUACCUACAUUACUGCGCCACCUGGUUCUUUGUGGAUCUUAUCGCAGCUUUGCCUUUUGAUCUACUCUACGCGUUCAACAUCACAGUGACCUCACUGGUGCACCUGCUGAAGACGGUGCGACUGCUCCGUUUGCUGCGCCUUUUGCAUAAACUUGACCGUUACUCCCAGUACAGCGCUGUGGUUCUCACUCUGCUCAUGCUGGUGUUUGCUCUGCUGGCUCACUGGAUGGCUUGCAUCUGGUACGUCAUUGGACGCAAGGAGAUAGAAAGCAGCGACCCCAUUACUUGGGAAAUUGGCUGGCUGCAAGAGUUGGGCAAACGUCUGGAAUCGCCGUACAUCAACAGCACCAUGGGGGGUCCGUCCAUGCCCAGCGCCUACGUUGCUUCUCUCUACUUCACUCUCAGCAGCCUGACCAGCGUCGGUUUUGGUAAUGUGUGCGCCAACACCGACGCAGAGAAGAUCUUCUCCAUCUGCAUCAUGCUCAUAGGUGCCCUGAUGCAUGCGGUAGUCUUUGGCAACGUCACCGCCAUCAUCCAGCGUAUGUACUCCCGGCGGUCACUCUACCACACCCGCAUGAAGGACCUCAAAGACUUCAUCCGUGUGCAUCGCCUCCCUCAGCAGCUCAAGCAGAGAAUGCUGGAGAAUUUUCAGGCCACCUGGUCUGUCAACAAUGGCAUCAAUGCCAAUGAACUGCUGCACGACUUUCCGGAUGAGCUGCGGGCAGACAUUGCCAUGCAUCUGAACAAAGAUAUCCUGCAGCUGCCUGUGUUUGAAACAUCGAGCAGAGGGUGUCUGCGUUCCCUCUCGCUGCACAUAAAGACAUCGUUUUGCGCACCUGGGGAAUACCUUAUCCGCCAAGGAGAUGCCCUACAAGCUAAUUAUUUUGUAUGUUCGGGUUCCCUGGAGGUUCUGAAAGAUGGUAUGGUCCUUGCUAUUCUAGGCAAAGGGGAUCUCAUUGGGGCCGAUCUACCAGAACAUGACCAGGUGAUCAAGACAAAUGCAGACGUGAAGGCACUCACCUACUGUGACUUGCAGUACAUCAGCGUCAAGGCACUGAGAGAGGUUCUUGGGCUAUACCCAGAGUAUGGAAGCAGGUUCAGCUCUGACAUCCAUCACAACCUCACCUACAACUUGAGGGAAGGCAGCGAGGCUGAUAGUCAUGUCUCUGGAGACCACAACCUUCCCUACAUCAUUGAAACAAACGAUGCUGAAAACAUGGACAACAUAAAAUACUCCCAGGAGAGAGGAGGGCCUCUGAUUCAAGGUUCAGGCAGCCCCUUCCAUCAGCCCCGCCUCAGGACCUUAGGAGAGGGGGUUCAGCACACCAAGGCUGUCCACCUCUGUCGAUCACCUACUCAGGGAGGUAGAGGGAGCAGCCCCUGUUCUCAGCCUUUCAUCAAUGAAGACUUCAACCCUUCUCCUUUGCUUAAUCUAAGUGACGACCCAGACUUUAACCAUCUGCCAGCCAAAUUGCUCAUUCCAUCUUUGCCUUGUGUUAGCCCUCUAACCCUGAGUCCCAGGGUCGUGGAUGGAAUUGAAGACAAUGGUCACACUUUUCAAUUCAAUGUAGAACAAUGCGAAAGGAGGACUAAUAUCCCAGACCACACACAGUUGAACGCUAAUCUACUUUUUGAGACAGAGGAAGUAAGACAAAAUGUCAGCAAACUGAACAAAGAGGUGACAGGUUUGAAUGAAGAGGUGUCCAACCUGGCUAAGGAGCUCCACGAAUUUAUGCACUUCUUGGACUCUCACAUGACCAUGCUCCACCUUACCAAUCCUGAUGUGAGACAUUCUUACUGCUGGCACCCAAAUGUCCAGUUAAAUCCUUCAGCUGAAUUGCACCUCCAUCAUGAAAGCAUUAGUCACCCUGCAAGAAAUGCAUGGAGCUUCACUGGAGCACCUGCGUCCAGCACAAAUCCUACCUUGCUGCACUCUUCAAGCUCUGGGUCAACGCACAUGUGCUGCUCUGACAAAGAGGAAAACACGCCUCAUAGGUUACAAAGCCAGUACGGCUCCUUUCAAACUCCAAGAGCAACUCCAAGUUCCCCUUACAUCUCCCACCCUCACACUCAGGCAGGGCCAUCCCUCCUGAGCAUUAGUUCAGCCUUUGGGAGCUACCCGGUUAUUUGUCAAGCCCCUCAGGUGGUCUAUAAUGCACCCAUACCCACAAAACACAGUUCUCCUUCCCCAUGCUCCACGGUAAGUUGUGCUCACUGUCAUCAAACAUUCGGUUUUCAAAACCCUUUUGAUGUCACACUAAACCGGAGCAGGUCCCAGACCCCUGUACAUUCCACCACCACCCCCACUGGCCAGUCACAGUGUCACACAGCCAUCAGUUCACUGGUAUCUUCAGAAACCGCCGAUCCGAUGUACACAGGCCACUAUCAGGAUGAACAAAGCUUCACCGGUGGCCUCGAACAAAAUGACCACACAGGAUCCAUUCCGGACGCACCUGAUUCUGAAUUAUUUCUGCUGGAGCGGGUAUCGAACAGAAAAUGUGAAGGUUCGCAUCACAACAAGAGAACAGACCAAACUGACUCACAUGUUCCAAGGGACAGUAAUCUAGAGAUGGAGGAAAAUCUAUGCUGA